AUGUUGACCGAGAGUGACACCAUAACUCGAGAUGCUGAGGAGCAGCUGAUGAAGUAUAAGAAGAAGAUCUUAGAACUCGAGGAGACCCUGUCGGCGAUCGGAAGCGAUAGAGGUCGACUCAUUAAUGAGGUUGAAGAAAUGCGGCAUCGAGCGGAACUCGACCGUGAAGCGAUGCAAGAUGCUAGAGCACGCAUUGAAACGCUCGAAUAUGAUCUCGGCGUUGCUGAGGAUCUGGUCAAAGGCGGCGAGAAGCGGGAGGAGAAACUGCGCAGGCGAAGUCGUGUCUCUGACCAGUGA